AUGGUGAUCCUCUAUAUUUUAAGCGGCCAUGGGUUUUAUCAAGGCGGCCGCGAGCAAUGUAAUCCAAGAGAGCAUCUCGGCGCUGCUUAUGUAGAAAAGCUAGAGUUAAUUCACAGAGGUCAACUUCUUUUGCAUUAGCUAUACAACGAGGAAGUGUACAUAUUAAUUUGUUGUCGAAGGAAAGAGUGCUGAGGAAUGCUACGCUUACAGUUUAUAUGGAGUUCAUCAUAAAAUCACUUAAUUUAACCUUUAACCACACCGAACGGUAUUUGUUUGUGUGUGUGUGUGCGUGUAUAUUAUUCAAAUAGGGACUGACUUUUGACCUUCCGAUAUUCGAGUUCUAGCGUUCCUUUACUGCCCGCAAAAAUACCCUACUUUCUUUUGUGUGCCUUUUAAGUUUUAAUUUUCGAUGAUCACGUUCUGAAACAGUCUUCGCCAAGAAAUCUGUCACUGUUGAAAUGAAAUUUCAAGGGAUGGAGUAGUUUAAUGGCAAUGAUGUUAUUUGACUGUAGAUCUCACUUUCACUUUUUGUAAGCUUCCACUCCCGGACUUUUACUGUUUGAUCCAUAUCAAAUAUCCUUUUACAAUGUCAAUCACUCAAUAAAAGCCUUGACAUUUGAAACAUGAAAAUCACUUAGAAGCAACAGAAUAAGUUGCAUAUAGUGAAAAGAGUCUUACCAGUACCGUAGUGUGUGUGUUUUUGCGACUGUGUCCACUAACAAUUAGCACGGAAAGCAGGUGUACACACCACUUAAUUUAGCUCCAUAGGUAAGUGGAACAGCUGUGCGUUUUAUCCUUUGAGCUCUGUCAAGGUUUAAAUGCCAUUUAAAAACUUAAAAAAGAACCUCACACACACACACACACACAAACACAACUGGAGGCGCCAGUAUUAAAUGCCGUGUAGACGCUGACACCAGCACGAACGAAACAAGAAAUCGCACUUUGCCGUUUUUUGAGUCUGAUGAUGAUGACAAGUAUAAGCGAUCUAGUACACCAGGCUAUUGUUGCCAGCGUAAUGUUCGCUCUUCUCCAACUGGUUACAUAAUGAUGCUCGCGUUAUCCAUUAAACGAGUCAUCUGCGAAGUACUGUGUGUGUGUGUUAUGGAAUAUAUGAACAUUUUAGGGAAGUUCUCGUAGCAGCAUUUUACAGGCUUUGCGCGGAAGAAACGCUAGAUUGAAUAAAGGUUCCUUCAACUCGCAUGAAGCGGUAAGAAUUCCUUCUAUCGAUCUCGAUGUAUUGAUCGUUUACUUGUGGGCGAAUUGGGCUCAAACCCAUCGUAUAACGUCUAAGACUAAUGAGCAUAGCCUGUUAGAAAGGCACACCACGAAAACAUUAGAAUCUUUCUCUCUCGCAAUUCACUAUCUCACACCUCAAAAUUCUUAGUAUACAUCCGCACAAAACUUAGACUAACAGAAAAAAGUGAAAAUAACGAUCUAUCUGACAUGAACUGUGUCAAUCUCAGUUAGUUGUUCUUAUUUUAUUUAAGAAAGUGCUUCUAAAGUAAGGUACUAAAUUAAGCUCAAAGCCCUAAGUUGGCUUGUUUAAUGAAGCAUUAUGUUACUAAUAUUUCGUCGUUUGUAGUAGGUAAUGCAGGCACGUUGAAUAUUUUAUUUUAACAUCCACCAAUCUUUUUUUUUUUUUCUUUUGCUUUUUCCCGUUAUAAACAUGGCAAUUCUAAACUUCAACGCAAAGGUCAAUAUUUUUAGUCAAAAGAGGCUUAAAUGAAUUAUGAUAUACUGCUUUAGGCUGGACAGGAUGUUUGCUCAACGAAUGGAAUGAUUAUACACAUGUGACUGAUAGGGCCCUUCAAAGUCUACUCGUGAACUCGACUCUGUUCCGUUCAUGACUCUUCUUAAUUUUGGUCGUGUUCCUCGUUAAUUUUUUACUGAUCUUCUCCCUGACCUUCUGCUUGUUUUACUCGUGGUUCUUGGUGAAAUAAAUAAAUGAAUACCGAAAUAAAUAAUAAUGAUGACGAUGAUGAUGACGACGAUGAUUCUCAUCCGCUUGAUAGAUAGUAGGAUUUAAAAAAAAAUUUUUAGGUGAAUUAUUGAUUUAUGCUCUGUCUGUAUUUUUAAUUGUAUUAAAUUCUCAGCCAGCUGAUCUUGCUGUUCAUAACUUGGAAGACCCUUCUUUCUUGGGGCAAAGCACUUCGUCACAAUCAUCACUGUAUUUUUCAACCCAGAGUUUACGAUGGAUUCAAAACGUCUCUUUACCACAAUGAUCUUAUGGCUAAUUUUGAGCUCCGUUCUAUUGGACUACACUGAAGGAUUUCUUUUUAAAGAAUCUACGACA